AUGAGGAAACGGAGGUUCGGGGAGGUCAAGCAGCUUACCCAGACUGAAGACUGUCCCCUCUCGCCUCCAGGGGUGCAGAGUGCCCUGUACGGCCUGGUCCUCUCCUUGCUCAUCUGCGUGGCCGCGGUGGCCGUGUUCACCACCCACGUGCUGCUGCUGCUGCCCGUGCUGCUGAGCAUCCUGGGCAUCGUCUGCCUGGUGGUGACCAUCAUGUACUGGAGCGGCUGGGAGAUGGGCGCCGUGGAGGCCAUCUCCCUGUCCAUCCUCGUCGGCUCCUCGGUGGACUACUGCGUGCACCUGGUGGAGGGCUACCUGCUGGCCGGAGAGAACCUGCCCCCGCACCAGGCAGAGGACGCCCCCUCGCAGCGCCAGUGGCGGACGCUGGAGGCCGUGCGGCACGUGGGCGUGGCCAUCGUCUCCAGCGCGCUCACCACGGUCAUCGCCACGGUGCCCCUCUUCUUCUGCAUCAUCGCCCCCUUUGCCAAGUUCGGCAAGAUCGUCGCUCUCAACACGGGCGUCUCCAUCCUCUACACGCUCACGGUCAGCACAGCCCUGCUCGGCAUCAUGGCUCCGGGCUCCUUCACCCGGACCCGGACUUCCUUCCUCAAGGCCCUGGGCGCCGUGCUCCUGGCGGGGGCGCUGGGGCUGGCCGCCUGCCUCGUGCUCCUGCGCAGCGGGUAUAAGAUCCCCCUGCCCACGGGGACCUCCCUAUAGCCCGGCGCCGGGGCCUGACUGCACACACCGCGCCCUCUGGCCGGGGCCUUCCCCCCGGCCUGCGCUCGCUGUGUUCCCAGGCCUGGGCGCCGUGCGGGCGCCGACACCUGUGUGGCCGCCGCCAACUCCGGCGUCUGGCCAAGCUGCACCUGCCGGCGGGGCGACCGGCAUCUGUCCUGGCUCCCCUGCAGCGAAAGAGACCUCCUUCCUCCCAUUCCGGUCACCACCGGGCCAGGUUAUUUUUCAGGGGGUCUCGCUCCCAUUGCUUCAGUGCUCACAGCAACUCUGAUGUGGGUGUCCCAGGGCCCCCUUUCUGCAGGUGGGAAAACAGAGGCACCAGAAGGCAAAGUGACUGACCGGCAGCUGGGUCAGGGGCCCAGCGGGAGCUGUUUCCGGGCCCCGUGCUCACCUGGGGGGCCUUGGAGGACAUGCCCUUGGGUUCAAGGGCAGGGGCUUUGCACCCCCUGACCCCUCCUCCCCUUCUGAUCGGCUUUGUGACCAGUGCUGGGUGGUCCUGUGUCCGCCCCUCCCCCUGGCCUCCCGGUCCUGGCCUCUGGGAGGAAGGGCCAGGCUGGGCUCUGGGCUCUGCAUGUACUACCCCCGCCCAGCCUUGAGACCCCCCGGGGACAGGGGGCCCAGCACAGACUUCCUCCCGGCCCGAGCCCUGAUCUCCCCCACCCUACUCUGAGGUGGGAUGUGGGGGUGGGGGCUGGCCAGGCCGGCUGCCUGCUCAUAGCAGGUGGUCCCUAUGAAGGUGAAAUGGAACUGCAGACCGCCGCCAUUAACACGAGCAUUUUAAGCACCGCCGGCUCUACCGUGUUCUUAAAACUGAAAUAACUGCAUGUUCGCUUGCUGCCAGCCAGAGCCUGGCACUAAGGGUGGGCUUGGAGGGAGGUGGCGGUGGGUGGAAAGUGCUGGAUCCCUUCCCGGGCACAAGGUCUCAGAUGCCCAGGUGGUCCAGGUGAGGUCCGGAGCCGUGGGCUAGCUCAGUGAGCGGGCGUGGGGG